AUGGCCCAGUUGGACCGAUCGGGCUUCUCCCUCUUUCCCAUGCCGCCGACCCCUCCUACCAAGCGGCCCCGUGCAAGAGCAUUGUUGACUGAUCAACCGCGAUUGGCUGUGAAUAGUACAACUGGUACUGGAUCUCAACACAGAAACUCCGACUGUCCAACUCUUCGUCCGGCUCCGUUGAAGCUACGGAAGAAGAGGCCGUUCUCUAAUCAACCGCCCGCACCAGCUGCCCCUUCUAUUGAAUCGAAUGCGGGCCUCGCUUUCCAGUCAGCAACCCCUUCCCCGAUACCUCAAUGGGAACCUUCCUCGCCCACGGCACCAGACCCGGCAUCAUCAGCCUGGCCCUUACCAGUGCCAGAGCCUCGCAGCCAAGAAGGCGUGGGUUCUGACACCGAAGAUCAGAGGCGUCUUGAGCCGGUUGCUCGAACCCCCGUUUCGAGUAAGAGGGCUUCAUGCCGGACCAGUCUAUUCCUGGAUGGCGACGGCCAGGUCGAUCGCAAGAAGCUAUCUAUGUACCUCAGCGGGGUACUUGAUCCAUCUUUCAAGGUAGCCGUGGACUCGACCGAACAAACCCCUCUACCCUUCGAUUUCGCCGAACGGGUCUCAUAUGCGUCCAAUGAAUGGCGAGAAUCGUUUCGACCAGAUGCAUUCUCGAAAGGGGAUGUCGUGAAUUGUCAAUGCCCUCCUGGGGUGGUCAUGUGCCAAUGCUAUUCGUCUCCGGAAUUCGAGCAUUUCCGACGCGGGCAAGGUGAACACAAAGCGAACCCCAGCAUCAGCUCCACGACAUGUUUUCUUUCGGUUCCACGAGCACGGUUCCGCUCCACCCUGGUCGACGUCACGGAGGUGGACACCCCAUCUUCUCCGCCUCCUUUGAUGUACGACUCGGAGGAUAGCGACGAGUUCGACUGGUCUCUGCCCAAUUCGCCUACAUUUCAGAGGCGACAGCUGCAGUACCAGCAGACUCCAACACCCGCAGCCCGUCAACCUCCUACCAAGAGGCCCCCCGUUCCAUCGUUUUCUCUCCCAUUCUCGCAUGGCAAGCAAAUCCGACCUAAGUUUCACGUUGAUCGAACCUCCAUGCCCUGGGAACAGCCAUCGCCGUCUUCCAGCAUACCCACGCUGGCUAGUAUUUCGACUAUUUCUACCUUCACAUUCGACUUUCGGGAUGACGACGACGAAACGGAUUAUGACCCAUUUGACGAUGGUAGCGAUGUGAGCGAAAUCCGAACAUGGGAGCCGAUUCAAAAAGCAAAGCCAGUCUUGAUUCAUUGCAAAGGCCCAUCGCCCCAGUCUAUCAAGUACGGACAUGAUUUUCGUUACAGGACCCGCACUGCAGGAUCCUAUUCCUCCGACGACACCUUCGGGUAUGCUACAGUAUCUGCUUCAUAG